CUCGUAGCAAUUUGCUACUAGCAAAUGACAGUUUGAGAAGAAGAAGAUAAUAAAUUUUUACAUUUGCUGCUAAUUCGUUGCACGACAAUUUUUCGAUCGAAGUAAAACUAGGAAAAACACAUAAUGGACUCACUAAAUGGCAGGAACAUUGCACUGCUUGUGCUUUGCUUGUGCGCCUGCUAUGCCUUGGCAUUUGAAGGGGGCAAAGAAAUACCGGCCACGAAAUUUGGACAGAGCGUUGCUCCAACGAUGACUUUUCUUUAUUGCUACUCGUGCGGGUAUCGCAAGGCAUUCGAGGACUAUGUAAACAUUCUGGGCGAAAAGUAUCCACAGAUUCAGGUUCAUGGCGCCAACUACGAUCCCCCAGGCUUGAAUUAUUAUCUCUCAAAGCUAAUAUUCGCACUUAAAAUCAUUAUCAUAGUAUCUGUGGUCAGCUCAGUGAGUCCAUUCACAUGCUUGGGUAUUAACACCCCCGGCUGGUGGGCUCAUCUGCAAUCGAACAAAAUCUACGCCUGUAUGAUGAUCUUCUUUUUGGGAAACAUGAUCGAAGGUCAACUGAUUUCGUCGGGUGCUUUUGAGAUAACUCUUAAUGAUGUGCCGGUUUGGUCGAAAAUACAAACUGGACGCUUUCCAGCGCCUGAAGUGCUAUUCCAGAUUAUCGACAAUCAGUUGCAAUUCUCUGAAAAGGUACAGGAGAAUCCAGACUUUGUUAAAUAAUAGUUACAACAACCCAUUCUCGAGCAGCGCUGGUGGUGGUGAAAACUAUAAAAUGAACAAAACACCAAAUCUAUAAUAAAUAAUAUGAGAGAGACGGAGAAAUAAGCGAAACAAAACUGUAAUACAUUAAGAGAACAUGUAGGGCGAUUAGAUUUAACAUAACUGUUGUACUCUUUUCUCAGUCUCGAACUUACGUAAAUAGUUUUAUGUACUUUUGUUUUCACCUUUUCAUGAUUAUUAUGUACCACAGCAACAACUACUUUAACAGCUGCUAUUUAACUACUUUGUGUCGAGAACAAAAAGAAAACAAAAUUCCCUCUCCCAGCUAUAUAGUAUAAAUAAUUAAUGACUGUGUAUGUAUAAUAGAUGCCACCAAAUGUGGCACGUUUGGUGUGAAUCAAUCCCUGGGAAUUAUUAGUAUUGGAUUGGAUGCAAGUCUGCAUGCAAACGUAUCUUGUAUUAGCGUACAUUUGCCCUGUUUUAUAGCUUAAUACGAACAUCAAAUUAUGUAACAUUUAAUAAUUGUUAAUAGCAGAAGCAACAAAAUAUAUAUAUGUAUAUGCUGCAAGGGCGUAUCCUUUUUCAAUCAA